AUGGGUUCAAUGCAGAAGAAAUUCACAUUUAAACCACUGAGAUCUUCAUGUUCGAACACCAUCACCCCUGCAGUAACUCCAAAUCCACUACGCAAAGCUCUAUUUACCCCAGUCAGCUCAGCUAUCUCGCCUUUAAUUAAUUCAAAUCAACCAGCUAAAUGUAUUCCGACUACAAAAGUUAUUCCGUUAAGAAACGGGGAUAAUAUAACCCAUCGACCACCAUCUCCAGAUUUAAUUUUUUCAGAUGACGAUACCAGUGAAGUAUUGGAUUCUAAACCUCCUGCUGCCUUAACUGAUAGUGCCAAAAUUGUAUUGACUGAGGAUGGUUUCGAUGAUUUUGGUGACCCGCCAUCUCCCUCCUGGCUAAAUAAUGAAUCUGAGGUUUUCGGUCUCAUCGAUCAAACUGAAUCUUUUAAUCCCAAUACGACUUCAACUCAGGCAUUCGCUACUCCAAAACCUCCUGUUAUAUCUCCUCCUCGGUCGAGCUUGAAAAUGAUUCUUAAAAAUUCUACCUUCACACCCAACCUCGUUCAGAAGUCCUCGAGUCCCCUUCCUUCAGCUUCCAGCAAUUCUUCCGUCUUUACCCCCAUAACUCCAAAAACUUCUCAAACUAAAAAGUCAAUUUCAUCAUCGAAGAAAACAUCGUCUUCUUCCUCAAAAGAUACGAUUUCCAUUCCCGCCACUUUUCUUAAAGCCAUUAACUCAGCUUGCGAUGUUAUUCAAUCGCUGAAUGUUGAGAAACUUCUUAGCUGUUUUGGUGCUAAAACAAGCAUUUUGACAAACCUUUUAUCAGCUAGAAAUGAUUUUCAGAAAUGGCAAGCAAAAGCGGCUUCAAAACAGGAAGAGAAAGCUUCUCGCCAGGAAAAACGUCCCAGUACUUCUACCCCUGCACCCCUAUUCUCAUCAAUCGAUGAUUUCGAGACUGAUAAUACUAGUAACUGGAAUGAUUUUAACUUUUGCCCUGACGUGAAACAGGAACCAUCGCCAUGCACUUCGAUUUCCUCAACGAAUCAAGUCAAAUUAGCUUUUCCACCAAAAGUGGAAUCAAUUUCCCAACCCAAACCAAAAACUCCACAACUUGAAGCGGAUACUGGUGAAGGAAAUGUGUUUCUCCCUCUGGGGACCAAUCAAUCGAAAUGGGAAACUGCAACAGAAGUGCACGAAUACAAAGAUCAACCUGAUGAUGGUUCAACUGGGGAGUUUGAUGGGACAGACUGUUUUCCCCACUCGGCUAAAAUGAUGAAGGCUUUCUCCGAAAUUUUUGGUCUUGUCCGUUUUCGUCGCAACCAGCUUCAAGCAAUUAAUGCUGCCCUGCUUGGAAAAGACUGCUUUGUUAUUAUGCCAACAGGAGGUGGAAAAAGUCUGUGCUAUCAACUUCCUGGAGUUAUUGAAGAAGGUCUCACAAUCAUUAUCUCUCCUCUUAAAGCCCUGAUUCUGGAUCAGGUCAAUAAACUCCAGUCUCUUGGUGCUAAAGCCGCUAGUCUUUCUGGGGAUUUGUCUCCGUCUGAAUGUGAUUCCAUUUUUACUGCUAUGCAUAAAGACAGGCUGGAGAUUAAGAUCCUCUUCGUCACUCCUGAAAAGGUAAGUUCUUAUGACCCCCUUGAUCCCAUUUUCUUUCUCCAGGUUGCUGCGUCUGGAAAAUUGAAACAGGUUAUGCAGAGCCUCUAUCAGCGGAAUAUGCUUGCUCGGUUUGUGAUUGAUGAAGCCCAUUGUGUUAGUCAGGUAAAGGCAACAUUUUGGCAUAACUUUGGUGUGUGUUGGGGACAUGAUUUUCGUCCUGAUUAUCGGAAUUUGAGGAUCUUGAGGGAGAGUUUUCCCAAAGUACCGAUGAUGGCUAUGACCGCUACUGCUACCCCUCAAGUUCGGCAGGAUAUUCUGAAUCAGCUGAGGCUAACUAAUACCAAAUGGUACUGUCUGCUUGUUUCUUUAAAUCAUUUCUAUAUAUUUGUCGUUGUCCACCUGCUAUCAUAUAAGAAUUGA